AUGUCAAUCAUCCAGCAACACACCGCCGCGACGCUCGGCGACGCCUGGCGCACCGUCAACAUCGACAUCCUGAACGAGGACUCGAGCGUCAACUUUGACACGUCGACGCUGCACCCGCCGCAGCCGGAGAUCAGCGAGGCCGACGUGCGGAACCUGUCGACGCAGGUGCGGCAGCUGCUGCGGGGAGGGGAUGCGGAGGGUGCGCUGAGGGGAUGCCUGGAGACGCCGGUUUACAACGGGGUGGAUGCUGCAAAGGAGGCGCAUUUGCAGACCAUCAUCGAGGUGCUGCAGUCCAUCAAGGCGAGUGACAUGACGCCGCUGCUCAAGGGCAUCUAUGCGUCCCCUGGCGGAAGCGAGCUGUUGGACGUGCUCAUGAAGUACAUCUACAAGGGCAUGGCCGUCGGCGCUCCCGCAACUACCGGCCUCAAGUCCCCUGUCAAGAUGACCCCUCAGUCCACCGGCUUCAGCCAGAUCGGCUCGCGUCCCGGCGCUUCCAACGAGCCCGCGUCGGCGGCCAUGAGCGUCCUGCUGAGCUGGCAUGAGAAGUUGGUUGAGGUUGCUGGGCUGGGAUGCAUUGGCAGGACGAUGACCGACUGGCGAAGAGUAUAA